AUGGCUACCGAACAGCCGGUAGCCGACGACGUAAAGUCGACUGAACAGAAACUGCAUUUAUUCGUUUCCAAAACGGCGAUACUUGAAGGGGAUCGGCUAGCUGUCACACCUAAGUCCGUUUGUGACGCGGAGAUGACCUUGCGAUUGUCCAAGCUGGAAAAACUGAGCUGGGCGCAAGGAGAGAGGAGGACAGCAGCCGUAGUCGUUUGGAAACUAGCGUACAGUAACCCGUAUAGACCCGUCGGUCUUCGAACGCAAUUAGGAAGACGACCACCGGUGCAAGCGGAUGAGAAAGAGAUGGAAGAUGGACCGAUGAGGACGAGGCGUCUUUGCGUUCCACGACGCCGAUGCUGGCUGCACCACCUUCCACACCCCAUCAACAGCCGACCUCAUCGCACAUGUCCGCUCCAGGCAUGUCGCUUUGCCACGAAUCGUCCAUGA